AUGGGGCGGACAGAACGUGAGGGACUGGAGCUCAUGGUGAAUCCAGACUGGGUGAGCAUUAGGGAACCAGUGUGGGCUGGAAGGAGAGACCUGCUCACAGCCCCAGAAGUGGAGAGGGGCAAGACCACAGGCAGCGAGCCCCGCUGGGCAGGACUUGGAGAGACAUUUCUAAGGCAGAAGUCACAGAAUUCAACUGUGCCUACUGUGUUGUCUAUCACUUCUGAGUUCUGUGCAUUUUCAAAUACCUUGAGAAAGUGUGAGAAAGAGGAACACUCAGUGUUCAGCCAGCAGACAGAAGAGGUGUCUGCCGCACAGUACUUACAGCAAGGACUGCAGAAAUGUACCCAAGCAACAAGAGCAUACAUUCAAGAUUUCCAAGAGUUCUCGAAAAACAUAUCCACGAUGCUGGGACGAUGUCACACCUACACAAGUGAGUACAAGAGUGCAGUACACAACCUGGCACUGAGAGUGGAGCGUGCCCAGCGGGAGAUCGACUACCUGGAGUACCUGCGGGAAGCUGACCUGUGUGUGGAGUCAGAGGACAAGAUGCUGGCAGAAAAGCUAGUCCAAGAAGCCGAGGAAGAGGAGAGGAUCCGGACGCUACUAAAUGCAAGCUGUGACAAUAUGCUGAUGGGCAUAAAGUCUCUGAAAAUAGUGAAGAAGACGAUGGGCACAGAUGGCUCUUGGAUGAAAGAUGCUGUCAGUGACUCUCCAAAGGUUUAUGUCUUCAUUGGGUCCAGAAACAACACUGUCUGGGAAUUUGCCAAUAUACGGGCCUUCAUGGAAGAUAGCACCAAGCCAGCCCCCCGGAAGCUGAUUCUAACACAUUCCUGGCAGGGAACAGGCCAAGUGAUCUACAAAGGUUUCCUGUUUUUUCAUAGCCAAGGGACUCUCAAUGAGAUCAUCAAAUAUAAUCUGCAGAAGAGGAUUGUAGAAGACCGGAUGCUUCUCUUUGGAGGAGCAGGCAGAGCCCUGGCCUACCAGCACUCCCCUUCCACUUACAUUGACCUGGCUGUGGAUGAGCACGGGCUCUGGGCCAUCCACUCAGGACCAGGCAUCCACGGCCAUUUGGUUCUCACGAAAAUUGAGCCUGACACGCUGGGAGUAGAACACUCAUGGGACACUCCGUGCAGAAGCCAGGAUGCUGAAGCCUCAUUCCUCUUGUGUGGGGUCCUCUAUGUGGUCUACAGUUCUGGAGGCCAGGGUGCACAUCGCAUCACCUGUGUCUAUGAUCCUCUCGGCACCAUCAUUGAAGAGAAUCUGCCCAACUUAUUCUUUCCCAGGCGGCCGAGAAGUCACUCCAUGAUCCAUUACAACCCCAGAGAUAAGCAGCUCUAUGCCUGGAAUGAUGGAAAUCAGAUCAUUUACAAACUCCAGACCAAGAGAAAGCAGCCUCUCCAGUGAUGCAUUCCAGUGGGCCAGGGAUUCUGUGUUCCAGGAUUGGGGGCCAGGGCCCCUCUGCAAUAUACUAUAGUAUUAAUAUAUUAAUAGCAUCCCACUAAUGGCACACAGGGAGAUGAGGGGGCUGCAAGUGGGGAUGGACACACAUCCUUUUCUAGAUGGUACUGCCUUCAGUAUCUUCUAAGAGCUUAGAUGACAGUCUGUCAUUCAGGAAUUUUCAGGAACUUCCAUUACCCAUCCCAAUGCCCUGGUGCUCAAGGCCUUCCACAUCCUGAUCCAAAAAAAAAAAAAAAAGAAAGAAAUUAAAAUAUGCAUAGAAAUGAAUGAAAAUGAAAACACAACAACACAUCCUGAUCCAGCUUACUUCCAACCUUUUCUUUUUAGACAAGCAUUUUAGCAUGUACUUUAAUAACUCUCCCCACCCUCACCUUCUCAGCCAUUAGAAAUGUAGGCCAUGCCCUCAUACUCCUGGCUUUUCUCCCCUCUGGACUUUGCCCAAGCUCUUUCCUCUUUGACAGUUGCCUAUUGAUAUUCUUCUAUUAUUCACUGCCCAACUAAAGUCCUAUUUUUUUUGGAUUAAUUUUUAUUCGAGUAUAGCUGCUUUCAAUGUUGUGUUGGUUUCUACUGUAUAGCAAAAUGAAUCAGCCCUGCAUACACACAUGUCUCCUCCCUCUUGGACUUCCUUCCUGUUCAGGUCACCACAGUCAUUAAGUAGAAUUCCCUGUGCUAUAGAGUAUAUUAUCAUUAGUUAUCUAUUCUAUACAUAGUAUCAAUAGUGUAAAGUAAUAUUUCUUUUUGAUGUUUAAUUUUGAUUUCCCCUAGUACUGUCCCUACACCAACCAAGGUGGUCGUAAUAAGAAAGUGAACAUACUACCAUUUGAAUACCAUUUUCCAGUUAUAAAGUGCCUGCACCUGUAUUAGAACUCAUCUCACCCUUAUGAGAUAAACGGGACAAGCCUUUAUAGACAGAGGAUUUCGGUGAGCCAUUCCAAAUACCAAAGCUACAAAAGGAAAGAGCUAGGAAAUACUGCAAAGCCCAUAAUCUUGUCUUUGUCCAAGGAAGCAUCAAAUAUAUGUUUGUUCACCCAACCUUUUCUAAGCAAUUUGUUAAUUGUUUCAGCCUAAAAAUAAUGGCCUGCCCCUUUACCUAUUUCAUGCCUGCACAAGACCUUCCUAUAGGCCUUUGAAUAGCUACUUCCUCCAGAAAACCAGCCUAAGGGUGAGGACCCCCCUGUAGACUCAUCUUGCCUUACCUUCCCCUGCUUCUUCUUGCCUGAAACACAAUAAAAGUGACACUAAGCAAA